UAGGCCUGGAUCAGUGGUUUUGAAUUUGGUAGUGGAUAACAUUGACUUGUGCACUUCAAGAACAUGGCUCAAACACAGCUUAAAGAUUCUGUCGACCCUUGGAAGUACGUCAUCAUCUUUAGUAAAUUCUUGCUUGUUUUCGUAGAAUGUGGGAUCACGAAAUCUUUUGGAGUUCUCAUUCCUGACAUGGUUACCAGGUACGAAAGCGACUACAAAACAGUUGGAUUCGUCUGCGGUCUACCCACCACACUAAUGUACUUUUCGGCACCCGUUGGUGGUCUAUUGAUGAAAGUAGUAAAUCCACGGAUUAUGGCGAUUAGUGGUGGAAUUUUGAGCGCCGUGUCCAUUAUCUGUUCUCCCCUUGCUGGUUCCAUCUACAUACUUGGGAUAAUGCUUGCUCUAACAGGAUUUGGCAUGUCUCUCACCUAUUUCCCAAUUAUCGUGUCCCUUAACAUCUACUGUGCGAAGUCGUUUAUAUUUGCAAACACUCUGACCAUCUUCGGUUCGACAUGCGGUGCAUUCCUGGUCCCUAUCAUCGUAGAGCGGUCUCUGGAAGCCUAUGGAUACACCGGUGCCUUUCUCAUAUUGGGCGGCAUCUGUCUUCAUACUCUAGUUUGCGGGGCCGUCGUCAGACCGCCCAAAGACAUGAAGAAAGGCGAGGGGAGCACCUCUACAUCAACAGCUCAACAUGAGUUGAUGAUUCAAAGAGCUGAUUCAACCUCGCGGGAGACAUGGUCUGAUGAGACUUCAAACUUCCUGCCAAGGAUGAAUGACGACACGCCAAGAACGCAGAAAAAAGGAGUCCCAAGCUGCAAUAGCAACGACACGGUGAACUCUCCUAAUGGCACCCGUACUUUAUGUGAAUCACUGACAUCAAGAAUGAAAUUGUUUUUCUUAUUUAAAGAACCUCUUUACACCUUAGUCAUGCCUGCCAUUGUGUUUUUUGGCUACGUGAAUGGUGCUUGGAUGUUGUUUCUUGUACCUCACGCCGAGGGAGCAGGAAUUCAGCUGUCCCGUGCCGUAUUCCUCUCCAGUAUUGCUGGCAUCAGUGGCAUCUUCGGACGGAUCCUGUAUCUGGUUCUCCUACAUUUUAAGGUUGACAGUACUCUUAUCUUCUGCGUAUCCAGCGUCAUCUGUGCUACCUCGUUCUUCAUUGACUCUGUCAGUUCGUCCUACACUUUCUUAGCCGUAAUGGCGUCCAUUCAAGGCUUCACAAUGUUCCAUUUAGACUGCAUUCCACAUGCCAUGAUGAAGCUGUCAGUUCGGAGUGAGGAGAACCUACCACAGGCCAUCGCUGUAAAUCCGUUCCUGUUUGGAUUGGGUAUCAUUGUAGGAGAUUUCAUAUCAGGUCACCUCUAUGACAUCACGUUGUCGUUUUCAUUCCUCUUUAUGACAUUUGGUGUGGUUCUCGUCAUCAUUACGAUCAACCUCGUCAUCUAUAAAUUGAUAGACCGACGCCGUCUUCGGGAUGGUUGAGAACAACCAUAUUAUAGACUAUACAGUAUAGACUUGCAAAUAUGAACGCGGUUUAAAAAGUGUCAUGAAAGGGCAUGUAAUACUUGAAUUAUGUGAGAUAUGCUUGGCAAGAACAAAGGUAGAUAUUUUUUACACCUCGACUGUCGAGAGGAUAUGCCUUUUAUGCCUGAAAUUAGUGAAUUAAGAAGCUUGCUUGCUAUAUCUAUGUAACUAUAGCAAGCCCUUCGGCUUCUAAUAUGCCUUUUGGAUUUGGCCACAAGAUGGUACGAAAUACUAAUUUCGAUAACAUAUAUCUUUCAUUUUUCAUCAGACAUUUGAAAAGAUAAAGGAGAAUUGUUUGUAGAAAGUGAAUUUUUGUUUUAAAAGCGAAUAUACAUAUUUCUAUAAGACUACAUGAAAAGUGAACCAGUUCUGUAAAACUGAGGAAUAUAUUUUUCAGAUUUAUGUUAUUUAUUUGUAAUGAGUGAGUGUGCAUGUGUAUUUGUCCAUAGACGAAUGUAUACUUUAUUACAAGUGCAGUGGUUUGGCCCAAAGAUGUAUCGUGAGGUGAAAGAAAUUUAUCAGAGGAUAAGGAUACUUUUUUUUAAAGUGAAAUGAAUGUUGUCAUAAAAUGGAAUAUUAAAGAGGUUAACGUAUAUUUGUCAAAAGAAAUAUUAUCAUUUGCCUUUAUUUGAUGCGUCAGGCAUAAUACAAGUUAAAGGUGUGACAUAUUAAAAUAAAUUCAAUUAGAUUCACUUUUUUAUCAUCUAUAAAUCUUAAAUGUAAAAAUUGCUUGGUGUACAUGCAAAGAUUAAACGUAGACAAUAAUAUUUUGUCAUACCGGGCCAGCACGGAUUUGUAGUUUUGGGUGAUCGUAUUACGUACGUGCACUGCCAUCCAACAUUUUAGGUACACCUGUAAUCAAAUUAGUUUGUGUGAAGUGUCAUAUCACUGGACGCAAAAUGACACUCGAUUACUUUUUCCCUUUCCAACUCAUCAAAUUUGUACAAAUAUCAAUACUUUUCGUGGCAUGUUCAAAAUAUAUGAAUGCACAUACCAAGCUAUGCCUAAGAUAAGAAAAUAUCAAAAGUUUUAAUUAUUUUGUGGUGGACUCGGUGUUGUCUAUGUUAUGUGAAAUUGUGUAUGCUGAGCUGAAGAAGGGUGAAUUACUUGUUCUUGUAGGGGGUGUUAUCCGUGCUUAAUAAUGUGUGAUUUCAUAUUCUGCAAAGUAGGCAUAUAUCUUUAUAGGAAGUGUCUUUGGAUCCAUCGGUGGCUGGUAUUAGCUUAUCAUAUCUGAAUAGGCCUA